GGAAACUCCGUCAUCCCUUUACCGUUGUAUAAAAUGGAUAGAAUUUUCCCUGCAUCUUGUUGCUGUCUUUACUCAAACAAGAUUCAACAACGAUCCCGGGCGAGCCUUCAGUACGCCAGUUUCCUGAGCUUUGCGACACAGCAUUCUUCGGUUCUUUGACUGGAGCAUGAAGCUCUGAAUACGUCUCAUAAUGGCAGAUACUAUACAAUCAGAAUGUGGUAGCUACGAAGAACAUUACUCGAUCCGAUCGCAGGAUGAUUUGAUCUGGUCCCUAGAGAGACAAUCUUCAGUCCAGUUACAUGCCUAUCUCCGACAACCAUCCAGGGACGACCCUUUUUCAGCAUGGUCGACCACGCCCGUUGAUCCUUCCUCGAGCCUUACCUUUCGGCACAUCGAAGCACUGUGGCUUCUUCGUAUCACUUCAUGCGUUGCGUAUAUCCGUCACCGAGCCCUCGCCCUGUUGUUCCAGUCACACGUUCUUGUUGAGCCUGCAGCCCAGACGCAUCAACGUCAGUCGCCACAAGCUCACACCGUGGACACUCAGCUUGAUACGUACGGCAUAGGAGCGCAGUUCGAAGAGCCCUGAAUUCAUGGACGGUCACUGCAAUAGCUGUCAUGCCAUCGACAUGAUGAAGGACGUUGACUCAAUGAUAGCUGGGUAUUUUCAAUGAUCUACGAAAGAUGCCCCAACAGAAGAUUGGUCAAUCAUUUCUAUAAGUGGACUUGUUGCCGUCAUGCCAGAAACCCUCGUCUCAAACUGUUACAAUAACCCAGCAAGAGCCCUUUCUUUCACCAUCUCUGCUGAUUUUACUUCUUCUUAUUCUUCCCCUAUAAUCCUCUUUGUGCUGCAGUUGCCUUUCAGCGGCUAUACUGUCGUACCAAUCCCUUAGAUAAUUUAUUGCAUUUGAC